AAGAGCAACACAGAGAUCAGACACCCAGAAGAAAAAAAAAACAGAACCCGUGCUCUGUCCUGUCGGGAAAAAAAAUGGAUCGGAGAAAAACCCUAAUCCCAUAUUUGUUCGUCGUUCCAUUGGCGAUACUUCUCUUUUCUUGUUCCUCAAGCAACGCACAAUCCACCUCCUGCAAUUCCUACAGAUUCUCCAACAACAACGUGUUCGCAAACUGUUCAGCCUUGCCAGCUCUCGGCUCGUUCCUUCACUGGAACUUUGACGAGGCCACAGGCACCGUCUCCAUCGCCUUCCGCCGCCCUGGAACCUCCUCGUCGUCAUGGAUAUCUUGGGGACUAAACCCUAACGGCCGACGGAUGGUUGGGACGCAGGCAAUCGUCGCCUUCACCAACUCGAGCGGUCAGUUCGAAGGAUACACUUCUCAGGUCUCGAGUUACAAAACGCGGCUCCAACGGGGCGGUCUCAGUUUCGGGGUUUCUAGGGUUUCGGCGAGCUUGGUGGGAGACGAAGCCAUUAUCUUCGCCACCCUCGAGCUUCCUGCCGAUAUGAUUCAGACGAACCAGGUUUGGCAAGUGGGUCCCGUCUCCGGCGGAAUUCCUCAGGUUCAUCCGACGAAUGGUGAGAAUGGUCGAUCGCUUGGUCGGAUAAAUUUCCGUUCCGGCCAAGCUGCUGCCGGCGGCGGCGGGGGCGGCGGUUUGAGCGACAGGGAUAAGAAGAGAAAUAUUCACGGAGUGCUGAAUGCAGUGAGUUGGGGGAUACUAAUGCCGAUAGGAGCCAUAAUGGCAAGGUACGUGAAGGUGUUUGCCAACCCAGCAUGGUUCUAUAUCCACGUUGCAUGUCAAUUCUCGGCUUAUGUCGUCGGAGUCGCCGGCUGGGCCACCGGAAUUAAGCUCGGCAACGACUCUCCGGGAACCUCUUACGCCGCCCACCGCAACAUCGGCAUCAUCCUCUUCGCCUUCGGCACCCUCCAGGCGUUUGCGGUGCUGCUGAGGCCAAAACCGGAUAACAAGUACAGAAUGUAUUGGAACGUGUACCAUCACUCGAUAGGGUACUCGACGAUAGUACUGAGCAUCGUCAACGUCUUCGAGGGCCUCGACAUACUGGACCCUGAGGACAAAUGGACGCGUGCUUAUGUCGGAAUCCUCAUCUUCCUCGGCGCCUGCGUCGUCAUCCUCGAACCCCUCACCUGGUUCAUCGUCCUCCGUCGCCGCCGCCGUAGUUCCAGCCACCGCCCCGGCGCGGACAAGCACCACUCCAACGGUCACGUGACCAACGGGGGGUCCCACAUGGGGGUUUAGUUUCUGCAUAAGAUUUUGAUUCUUUUUUUUUUUUUUAUCUCUGUGUGUAUUUUUUUUUCGUCUUUUUGUAUAUGCGGGUGGGUUGUAUGGGUGUUUUUUGUAGGGCCUACGUCCGUAUUUUGAUUUGAUUUGUUGUGUUAUAUGUAACACAUUUUUGGAGUAUUAUAUGAGUUAUUUAUUUCGUACAGUUCA